AUGCAUGGAACUUCUUUUUUAUUGGCUGCUGCAAAAUGCAAAUGUAAACCCAUCUUCUCCGUGGAAGGAGCAUGGGGAACAAUGGCCACUACAAUGUCCAAGAAACAAGCAAAUACAAAUGCUGGGGAAGAGGGACAGAUAGCUAAAGACAAGGCUGAUCCAAUUGUUGCUCUCAGCAGACCCCCACCAGUCCCACCUGUACUUGGACCAUUGGUUGCUCUCACAUUGUUGGAAACAUGGUCGAGUUGGGAUAGCAGUGAUGACUGA